ACUAGCUCCAGCUUCAGCGGAUCCCCCCAUAUCAUCUUACUUUUUAGUUUAGGUGGAUGAUGUUGAAAUAGGGACUACGACGAAUGAUUUAACUUUCCAUUUAAACUAUCAAUCUACUUCGCAACCUCUUUCCUACCAAUUCACAACUCUUUUUCCUUCCUUAUCCUUUCUUUCUUGGUCCCAGCGAUCAUACGCCUCACGUACCAAAUCUACCCUGGUGUUUCCAUACUACUUCUGACUGCUAUUAUAUAUGCCCUCGUCUGUAAGAGUUGGAAUACUAUGCGAGUAAGGAUACAGUCGGAUCAUAGGGACGUCUGCAUCUUCCGUCGAGUUGGCCGACUUGGGUGGGCUUGAGCUGCACCGGCCAACUCAGACAUUCUAAAGCCCUCCCAAUCCUACGAUUAGUUUCUGUAUUGCUGACCCGGAAAGUACCAUGUCCACUCCCGACCGCGACGACUCGGUUUCGCCUACCACUAGGAUUUCUCGUACUUCAUCUCCCGCGCAAACACGUCACAACUUCCCAUCCUCUAUACCUCAUUCUCCUAGCGACCCCCUGCCGAUCUCUGUUCCGACCCGUGACGUGUCACUUUCCGAUACUGUGUCGGUCUCUUCUGCCAAACUAAAUACAGAGCCCCCGACGGACUAUCUGAACGGGGGCCGGCCCCACGAAAGUACCUCCCCUGUCAAUGGCGUCGCGUCGUCUUUCCUGAAUCAGCCACCAGUUAUACGAUCUCCCUCUCCGUUGAGAAAUACCGCGAUCCAUAUACCUGAGGGUGAUGCUACUGCGCAGGGAGAACCGGCAUCACCUGGCCGACGUAGUGUGCAGUUUGCUCGUGCUGAUAUCCUGCUUGAUCCUCCACAGGAACAUGUCAGACAUGGGUCAUGGGAUGAAGGAGAUCUAAAGAAUCGAUCUCGCAGCGAGAGAUGGAUUUUGAGGUUGAGGUCGACAUUGGGCAGCUCUGGGGGUAUCCAGCCACCUAAGUCCCCUGGAACAUCUGAAUACACGCCCCAAUCUACGACUGCUUCGCCUGUCGUGGGUAGAUCUAACCGUGUUCCGGAUACACUGGACGAAGAGGAAGGCAGCGAUGCGGAUGUGGAGGCGAGCGCUGACGAAAGUCAUGAAAGGGACCCGCCUAAAAGUAAAAGGAAGAGGAUGCGACGUCGUUUAAAGCACUUAGACGUGUUUACGGCCCCCAACUCCCCCCGACCCGUUGAUGACCUCGAUUCUCCGGGGCCGAGCCGCCUGAAUGCGAUGGUUAGACGUUCCACAAUGCCUGAAUCCGCUGAGCACCGCGGUGGAUUGUCCGAGGGAGAAGGGCGCGACCAUCUGACUGGCCGAAGGCCUGGCUGGACGCGUGGAAGCUCUUGGAUUGGUUCUCAACGAACUGCAACCUCCGACGUCAGAGACGCCGAGAGCCCACAACCUCGUACACCCGGCCACCGCCGCCGUAUCUCUGAGAUGUUUAGUGCGGGUGGUGCAUCGGAUGGCGAUUGGCUAACCACACCAAAACGCCCAUUUUUGGGUGCGGACCGCGCUGCUACCUUCGGGGCACAAAGAUGGAGGCAAGUCAAGCAUACCCUGAGGAUGCUGGGUAAAAGACGAACAGAUCAAUUCGAUUUCUAUAAGUCCGCCGAACUUAUGGCCGAAUUGCGAGCUGUAACACCUGCUGUUGUUAUUCUGGCUAGCAUGCUGCAAAGAGAUGAACAUGGGAACAAGCGUAUCCCCGUUCUUCUGGAGCAGCUCAACCUACGCGUCAUUGAUAGUCGUCCUGAAGAUAGCGCGAGUGAAAGGCAUACCAUUUUUACCAUUGCCUUGGAGUACGGUAGUGGGCUUAGUCGAAUGAGAUGGACCGUCACUCGUAGCGUUAGAGAGAUCUGGAAUAUUCAUUGGAAAUACAGACUGUCUCUGAAGAACGACAUUACUCUCCAAGCUACUACGAAUCAACGAAAUCGUCCGAAGCAACCUCGAUUCCCAAGGAAAGCGUUCCCAUAUUUGCGGACUUACCAAAAUCUGGAGGAAUCUGAGGAAGAGGAAAAACCUCCGGGCACUAGAGCCGAUGACACAGUGGCGGAAGGGACCGCGGGUGAGGGGACUGCUGCCGAGGGCACAGCUAGCGACAAUGAUAGGCGGCCGAAUGCCCAUAGGAAGCGGUCCCGUAUCAAUACAUUCUUACCACGUCGGCAGUCAUCGGGGGUCGGAGAAAAUGGAGAGGCAUCGCUCGCGAACGCCCAAAAUUCUGCUGCUCUAAAAAAGAAGUACAUUGAGAGGCAGCGGAAAACUCUUGAGAAGUAUCUUCAAGAAAUGGUUCACUGGCUUAUGUUCCGUGCCGACAGCAAUCGCCUCUGCAAAUUUUUGGAGCUCUCUGCCCUUGGCGUCCGGCUUGCUGCCGAAGGUAGCUUUCACGGUAAGGAAUGCUACUUGCAUAUUCAGUCCACCAAGGGCAUCGACUUCAGGCGAGUGCUCAACCCUCAAAAGGUCAUAGCUCAACAUUCUCGCAAAUGGUUCCUGGUCCGGCAGAAUUAUAUCGCCGUCGUGGAAUCGCCGGCAACCAUGAACAUAUAUGAUGUCUACCUUGUGGAUCCAUACUUUCAAGUCGUGUCUAAGAAGAACAAGCUUAAACGAUUUGGCGCGAAGUUGAAGGUUGAGAUAGAAAGGGGAGGAGACAACGAUGAAAACCAUCUCUCCGACGAAGAAACCCGUGGAAAGCACCAUACGCUAAAGUUGUAUUCGGCCGAUCGGAAAAUUAAGCUGUUCUCUCGUAACCAGACAGUCCUGCGUCAAUUUGAAGAAUCGGUCCUUGAUAUGCUGAAACAGACUCGAUGGCAUGAAGAACACAGAUUCGAAAGCUUCGCACCCGUGCGGAAAGCAGCGUUUGCUCAAUGGCUCGUUGAUGCGAGAGAUUACAUGUGGAAUGUCUCGCGCGCCAUAAGCAUGGCGCAAGAUGUCAUCUAUAUUCAUGAUUGGUGGUUAAGCCCGGAGUUAUACAUGCGACGGCCCGCAUGCAUCAGCCAGAAGUGGCGCCUAGACCGUCUACUUCAAAGGAAGGCUAGAGAAGGCGUCAAGGUAUUUAUUAUUAUCUACAGAAACGUGGAGCAAGCCAUACCGAUAGAUUCAGAAUACACUAAAUUCUCUCUCCUCAACCUACACGACAACAUCCUCGUUUUGAGGUCACCGAAUCAGCUGAAAAAGAACCAAUUUUUCUACGCCCAUCACGAAAAAGUCUGCAUUGUGGACCACGAUGUAGCAUUCCUUGGUGGAAUCGAUCUCUGUUUCGGCCGGUGGGAUAAUCCACAGCACCCGAUUACAGACGACAGACCGACGGGUAUGGAACCAGACGGGGAUAGUCCACGAGACGCCGAACACUGUCAACUCUUUCCGGGAAAGGAUUACUCUAACCCUCGUGUGCUGGAUUUCUUCAAGCUGAACGAGCCUUAUGAGGAGAUGUAUGACAGGAGCAAAGUUCCAAGAAUGCCUUGGCACGACAUCGCGAUGCAAGUUGUCGGACAGCCGGCGCGUGAUCUCACUCGUCACUUUGUGCAACGAUGGAAUUAUCUACGGCGUGAACGCAAACCAACUCGACCUACCCCCUUUUUGCUCCCUCCACCUGAUGCCAAUCCGGUAGAUCUCGAGGCACUAGGGUUGUCCGGAACGUGUGAGGUCCAGAUUUUACGUUCAGCAGGCGAUUGGUCGUUGGGCUAUCCGAAGGAUUUGCGGGAACAUAGUAUUCAAUCUGCAUACAUCAAGUUGAUUGAAGAGUCCGAACAUUUCGUUUACAUGGAAAAUCAAUUCUUCAUCACAAGUACCGAAACAAUGAAUACGAGGGUAGUCAACCGUAUUGGUGAUGCCCUCGUUGAGCGGAUUAUUAGGGCUCAUGAGAGAGGUGAGGAGUGGCGAUGCUGUAUCCUGAUUCCUCUGAUGCCUGGUUUUCAGAAUACAGUGGAUCAGGCCGAGGGAAGCAGUGUACGAUUGAUCAUGCAAUUCCAAUACCGAAGUAUCUGCAGGGGUCCCAACUCAAUCUUCGGACGAUUACAAGCAGUGGGUGUAGAGCCCGAAGAUUAUAUACAGUUCUUCAGUUUGAGGCAGUGGGGCAAAAUCGGGACUCAUAAUCAGCUUGUCACAGAGCAACUAUAUAUACACGCCAAAACCAUCAUUGUGGAUGAUCGCGUCGCUCUGAUAGGAUCGGCCAAUAUUAACGAACGCUCUAUGUUGGGCAAUCGAGACUCAGAAGUUGCUGCUAUUGUUCGGGAUACUGAUAUGAUGUGGUCAACAAUGGCGGGCGAAGCCUACAGGGUUGGUCGAUUUGCUCACACUCUUCGUAUGCGAUUGAUGAGAGAACAUCUCGGUCUGGACGUUGACGAGAUAACGGAACAGGAAAGACAAGCGGAGUUCAGCGCCGAAGCCAAUUUCGAAGCUGAGAUGGGAAAAAUUUAUGGAGAUGAUGAUGAUAUAAGUCCUGCCGCGGAGAGUUCGGUGCGCCCAGGACCAAGCACAUCUCAUCGCGCACCGAGUUUCAAUCACGACGUUGCUACCGAAGAACGUGGCUAUGCUUCUUCCUCGUCCUCGCGCCCGUCUUCUGCCUCGUCAAGUUCGAAAGGAAAGUCCCCAGAGCGUGAUACACGAACACAUGGGAAUGCGAAACAUAAUAUGGAUGUUGAAGGUUACGGUCCAGACCACUGGAAAGCGGCACAAGCCAAAGGAACCGAUCUUGGCAACGAUUCUGUCGUGAUAGACGGACACGAGGUUCUCGUUCAUAGAACCAAAGAAACGAAGUCCGGCGAGAAACACGCAGAUAAUUCUUCUAGGAGCUUAUCAUGCCAUGAAUCUAGUAAAGGGCAUAAUGGGCUACCCCCAGUUCAGUCGGAUUCAGCGUCACAUAACGCAGCCGGGGAUAGUCCCCCAACGCAUCCGGACGAUUCUAAGAAGAUUAUAAACGAUCCCUCGAAUCCUCUGGUUGCUGAUAUUGUGCCUGCUGAAGUUGACAAGGAAUGUAUGCGUGAUCCCGUUAACCCCGCCUUCUGGGAUGAUAUUUGGAUGAGAGUAGCAUCAAACAAUACUAAGCUGUAUCGGCGAGUUUUUCGAUGCAUGCCCGACAGCGAUGUAUCCACAUGGAAAGAAUAUGCCGAAUUUGAGGACUAUGCGCGCCGGUUCAAAGAGAGCAUGGCAGGCUCGAGAAACAGUGAGGCUGACACCGGUCCUCAAAUGGGCAAUAUCAGUGGAAUAGCAGCAGGUAUCGCGGCUCCUGCCGCAGCUCAAGGCGCUCCUGGCAUAUCCGAAAAGCUUCACGCCGAUCAACUUGCCGAGGGUAAUCCCAAGGUUGUAGUAUCCAAUGAAGCUGCAGAUGUCUUAGAUGAGAAGACACCGGUACCUCAAGGCGACAACGCUCUAGAAAAAGAGAAGCCCGAUCUUGGGAUCGACACGGAGAAAAUUCAAACUAAGAAUUCUACUGAAACCCCUUCACCAGUACAGCCAUUCCCAUCAUUUGAUGCACAAGUCGACACAGUGCAUUUGGAUCCUCAGGGCGAGAAGCGAGAUCGAAGGGCGACGUUUUCGUCGGCUGAGAAAUCAGCGCCGGAAUCCGGCAGUACUAGUAACCCUUAUAAUCAUAACUCGACGAGACGUCGUCGACGAGCCACUACUAAGGGCAGUCGGCGCGGUCCCGUCUUUCCAUACGAGCUUCUUAGCCGCGAAGAAGCUGAAGAACUAUGCGGUUUAAUCCAGGGAACAUUAGUACAAUUUCCCUACGAUUGGCUUGAGGCUGAGGAGAAAGAUAACCAUUGGUUAUACCAGGCUGACUUAUUGGCGCCUAAGGAAAUCUAUGAUUAAAUCUCCUUCUCCCUUCUUCUAUCCACCGCAUGUUACUUAAACCCCCAAGGGUGAAAAAUGAUUAAUGGAAUGUGUAGAGGUUUUACCAUUUUUCACGGGCUACUCAUGUGUUACCCAACUAUUCUGCAUCAUACUGAGUAGACCUCGUUUCACGACCAUACAAUAAGGGUAUAUAUUACGCAUAAUCAUGGGCCUCCAUAGCCGCAUACCCUUCAAGUCAUGAUUGGGGUAUUUAUAUUUCUGGGUACUGGUACGCGUACAUUACACUCCGUUCUGCUUCGCCUAUUACGGCAAAACGUCACAAGGGAUCUCAAUCAACCUGAUUCGUUUUCUAGAUAGGUUGAUCAAGUUUGAAUGUAAAGAUUUAAUGAUCUUUAAGCUGUCUAAUGGGGCGUUACUAGCAUUUAGAACAAUGGCGGUAUUGAUAUGAUUAAUUGAAAUAGACUGAUUGUUGGGCGAAGGUGUUCAGAGUGUAGUCGAAGGAAAUAGAGGGAAUGUUUACUUCUACCCACGCGGGUAGGUGUCCAAUCAAGUAUACAUUCAUACAGCAAAUCAUAUAAUAAGUUGGUACAUUAUAGUAAUUAUUAUUAGAUUUUAAGUUUUUAU